CGUUGAUUGGUCGGCGGAGGAAGAGAAGUUAAAGAGCUGAGCCUGAAUGAAGUGGCCGGCGAGGGGUUCCAAGGGUCGUCGGCAGGAUUGCAGGUACAGCUAACUGUUAUGAGUGAUACAAAAGAUGUUAAGAUGCAGAUUACACCAGGAACACCUAGUCAGCUCACUGUCCAAAACCCCUUUGAAAGUCCGAGUGAUUAUAGCCACCUACAGGAACAGAUUGUGUCCAGUCCGACAAUUUUUAAAUCCACAAAAUCCUCAGUGACUCCAGGAAAAUUUACAUGGUCUAUAGAUGAACUUGCUUUAAUAAAUCCUGUGGAAAUAGACUCUGAAGACAUACGCCGUCAAGCACUGUAUUUAAGCCAAGCCAGACUAGAUAAAGAGAUGGAAGACAAAAGACAAAAAGCCAUUGAAGAGUUCUUCACCAAAAGCAUCAUUGUUCCAUCUCCUUGGACCGAUCACAACGGCAAACAGGUUUCACAACUGAAUUCAACGCGAUGUAUUGAUCUAAGUAAUGCUUCGCCAGUUGGCAGAGAAGUAGUCGUGGAGGCUGGGAAGAGUAAUGCUGCUUGCCAGACUGUAUUAUCUCUCCCUGUAGAUUUUGACAUGGAAAAAAUACUAGGUGAAUAUUAUAAACCCGAUGAAUUAGCCGACCAGUCUCAGGAAAGCCUGAGUACUUCCUCGCUGAGAAGAAAGCUUUUUUUAGAUGAGAAUGGAAGCCUCUCCUCUGAGAACCUAUCCCCUUCUCCUCAAAGCCCACACAAUGUUCCAGCCUCCCUUGGAAUCCUCUGUUCAAUCGACAUUUCUCCGGUCCGCUGUCGAAGUCCCCUAAAUACAUCUAGCUCGGGCCAACUUUCCUCCAGUCCUAUUCAGGGAGGUGCAAGGACCUAUAGCCUGGGUAGCCUACCCAGUCCUUCAUUUCCAGAGGGAAAUCCUUCCAAUAUUGCUUCUCCAACUUUUUCCCCAGUUGGUUUUCAGAUAAGGAAGACACCACUAUCAGACCAAAGGCAAUUUACCUUCCGCUCUCCAGAACUCCCUUCUGUUUCAAGCACCUGCCGGCCGGCUCCUCCUGGCCCUAGGAGUUCCUAUGCAGAAUGUUCUCCGUUGAAGAACCGUUCUCCAAUGAGACUGGUGGCAUGCAGGGGAGCCGCACUGUAUCAGGCCCCCCUUGUCCACCUAGCUUCGAUGCCUGAAAGUUUCAGCGGAGAGCAGCAGGAGGGAGCAAAGGCUUUGUCGGCAGAAAGGCCCUUGCCGGCGGAGGCAACCAUCAGCCUGCGCCCAUUGAAUGGGGAUGCCUUUGCGCCUGGUACUCGCUUGGUGGUUGCCACGGUGUCCAUUUCACCAGACCAUUCCCAGACCAACCAACAAGGGUUGACGUUGCUCCAUAACCUUGAGAGUUUCAAGGAAAACCUUACGGUGGAUAUGGUGGAUCCAGAGGAGAUGCUGGAUGAGCACUCGGUCAAGGGAGCUGCUGAAAACGGUGGCGCGCCCGUGGCUGGCUUGAAUCUCGACAGUUCUUGCAUUUGCAUGUCGCCUCUGGCUGAAAGCAGUGCCAGUCCCUAUGAAAGCAGCAGCCUCCAGGUGGAUAGUGGUUACAACACCCAGACAUACACUAGCAGCCUUAUGGAUACAGUUGGAGCUGAGACCAGUUGCAGAGAGAAUGAUGUGCACGCUUAUGAAACUCAGAACAAAUUUCAUGUUUUCAAAGCAAAGCAUGGAAAAGCCAUUCCUAGAUACUGGGCUGAAAACGAACCUGUUUGUCAACCCGGCAGCCACCUCCUAGAAAUGCCUUUGUCAAAGUGAUCCCCAUGCAUGGCAUGUCUGUACUUCUGUACGAACGGGCAGAGAGCCUGCAGAAACAUAUGACGGACCUGACAGGCAAUCAGAAGGGUUGUUGUUAAACAAAUAGCAUGGGAAACUACUCUCACCUGAGAAGCUACGGCCUGAUCUAUGAGCAGCCACUUAGUAUUUGGGGAGUAUAUAGUCCUGCCGGUUCCCAGGUAGAGAUGGUGUUUUCAAGAAUGAUGUUUGUUUGUGAUGGCUGUUUACCUGCCCACUAUAAUUUGCACAACAAAGGCCUGCCGUAAUUGGGCAGAUCAGGU